GCCUGCCUGCGAGUUCCCAGCUGUCUGUCCAGAGCAUAGUUCGCAGAUCGGAUGCGGCGAAGAGAUUGGGGAAGCGCAACGGAUCACCUGCAGGGUCCAGGAUACCGUGUCUACUCGGGAUGGAGCCUUUUACGUCUGUCGGAUUCACGCUUCUGGGGUUUCUCAUCGCAGCCUCUUCGGCACAAUUUGAGACCGAAUGCUACACUGCCAAUGGAGAAGAUUACAGAGGGCAGCAAAACCAGACAUGUCUGCAAGGGGGGAAGCCAUGUCUUUACUGGAACGAGACCUUUCAACACCCAUACAACACUGUGAAAUAUCCAAAUGGAGAGGGCGGCCUGGGAAGGCACAAUUACUGCAGGAACCCAGAUGGGGACGUAAGGCCUUGGUGUUAUAUUGCUGACCAUGAUGAUGGAGUUUACUGGAAGUACUGUGAUAUUCCUACCUGCCAAAUGCCAGGAAACCUAGGAUGCUUCAGAGAUAGCGGAGAUCCUCCCACGCUAUCUGGCAGCAGUGAGACGUCCAACAAACUGACCAUUCAAAGCUGCAUUAGUUUUUGCCGAAGUCGCAGAUACAAGCUUGCAGGAAUGGAAUCAGGAUAUGCCUGUUUUUGUGGGAAUGAUCCAGAUUACAGGAGACAAGGAGAAGCUGUCAGCACAGAAUGCAAUCAUGUUUGUUUUGGGGAUCACACCCAGCCAUGUGGAGGAGAUGGACGCCUCAUCAUCUUUAGCACAUUAGUCGGUGCUUGUGGUGGCAACUAUACAGCUCCAACAGCUGUCAUUUAUUCACCGGAUUUCCCAGACAAUUAUGGCAGUAACCGGGUUUGCUACUGGACUAUCCAAGUCCCUGGAUCCUCCUUCCUCUUGUUCAAUUUCACCUUCUUUGACAUAAGAGAUGCUACUGACAUAGUGGAGCUACUGGAUGGUUAUACAAAUCAGGUCAUCUCCAGAUUUGAUGGCAGGAACCACCCCCAGGGCCUGGUCAACAUCUCUGCUGACUUUGCAAUUUUAUACUUCUAUUCUGAUCGGAAUAAUCAAGCUCAAGGAUUUGCUGUUGUUUACAAAGCUCUGAGGAAACAGGAUCCCAGUGUGGUUUACCUUGAAGAAAAGAACAACCAGACUGAAGCGGAAUCUCCAUCAAAUACUGAAAAAGCCAACCUCACAUUAAAUGCUGCACGGUCACCUCAGAUUUUCUAUGUGAUCACCUCAAGCCCCAGUAAGCCUACUCAUAACAUGCCAGUGUGGACAAUCUAUGCAUUGGCAGCUCUUCUGACCCUGACUGUUAUAGCUAUGGUGGCGAAGGUUCUACUACACCUAACAGUCAAAUCUCCAAGAAUCCCCACCAUCAGUGGCUCAGAAAGUUGCAACCAGAAUGCUUCGACAGAGCCAUGGAUAAUCUUCUACCGGCCAUCUACCAUCUCUUUCUUUAAGAAGAAGCUGAAAAAUCGCCACGGUGACCUCAGUCCCUUGGUGAGCCAUUAAGAGCUUCAUGCACUACAAAAGAGUGUUCUUCACAGAGACACCGGACAGUGCUAGGCAGCCAUGUUCAGACUUUGCAAGCACAUCCACUGCACUUCAACCUUACCCAAAGGCUUUGCAAUGCUGUAUCACGCCAGGGAAGGCCGUCAGCUGAGCCACAGUGGGUGCAACAGGAGAGGAGGCCAAAAAUAAAAAAGUAACUUUUUCUGUGAUGGAGUUGCCUUUCGAAGCUUUGGUGCCUUAAACCUGGGAAAGCUGAUCUUGUUUUUAUUUAAUUUUUCUAGUUUUCCCCAAAGCAACGUAAUCUGAAGCACUUAAUUUAAAACUCUUUGGGUGCAGACACAGCGCCUCAUGUUCAACAAAUUGCUUCAAGGAGAUUUGUGUAACCUGGCAAAUACCAAAAAUCAGUAGCUAUGUGCAGAAGAGGGAUAGAGAGACUCCAGGCAUCACAAUGCAAGCGCAAGAAAUUAGGAACCCAAAGAGUGCAAAAACACAACAGCAGAUGGCCUGCAAGAAGCUUCUGGUCAGGGAAGCUCCAAGUUGCUAAAAACUCACCUGUUUGGGUGGCAUCCUUCUUUUCUGUGAAAUCCCCAUUUAGCUGUUGUGGCUUUGGCUGUGUCCCUGAUAUGUGCCACCUGAGAAGUGAUGACAUGAGCUGCCCAUUGUGAAAAUGGCAUCUAGAUGUGGAUUUGGAAUCCAGUUGGAGUACUCCACAUUCUUUGACUGAGGUGCACCGGCGUAGCCCUUCACUAACUUUGUUGGAUGUAAUCAGAAUGUGUGUUGUGGCUUUGCCUUUAUCAUAUUAAUGUGAAAAGUAUGUGAGGGCAUUAGCUUGGGCCAAGGUUAAAAUGUUUCAAGUGCCUUAUAAAGGAUGGUCCACAUACACAUAGUGGCUUUGAGCUGGCUGAACAAACUGGCACCCACAGAAAAGGUACCAGAGCAAGGUGAUGAUUUAUAAAAUGUUAUACAGAUUGCAGUCAGUCAACGAUAUAACCCCACCCACCAAGAAGACGCGUGUAGAUUGGUUCAGCAAAAUCCUUAAUGGCUGUUGGAAUCCAAGUGCCAAAGGUGCUACAUUGGUCAUCUUCCUUCUCCUGAGCACAACAGCUGCCAGCCUAUCAUUUGGUACCUACUGUAUGUGCUGAAGACUUGUGGGUACAUGGCCGGAGGAUGGCUUCACUGGUGACACAUUCAUUACAAAAAUGUCUGUCAUGAAAGGACCUGCCCUUUACUUUUAAAACAUCCAACAACAUAGCAGUAAACUUUAUUCUGUCUCAAUGGGUGCUGUUAAUAGGGUCCAAGCCAAAAGGCUGAGUUUCUAAAGAAAAUACAAAGGAAAACUCUACAAGAAUUUUAUUUACAUGGUCAUCCUUCUGUGACCAAAGAACAAAACAACAAGGAAAGGAACUAAAGAAUUAAAUGGACAAGGAAAGGAACUGAAGUCUUUUGUGUUGCAUUUAAUGCAAUUGUGUUCUACUGUCGCUGAUGAAAAAUUGCUCAGGGUUACGCUUCAGUCGGGAGAAGCUGGCCACCAGGAGUCAGAAGAGAUCAGCUUUUAAAGUUGAGCCAUAAGGAAAGCCCCCUUUGACUUCUAACUGCAGUUAUCAUGAGUGUCAUAUUACACAGCUGCAGCCUUUCUGCUCUUCGCAACGUCACUGCACAGAUCCGAGGCCUUUGAGCACAGGCUUGAUUAGUUCAGGCGUGUCCUCCCACAUGUCUUUACUCAUUAGUGGCCAAUCCAAACUAUGGGUUUGAAAUGAUUACACAGCCUCCAUAUUUAAGCAAUCAGUUUGUGUAUAGUGCCUUACAGAGAGUCGGGUUACAUGUCAGUAAACAAACCAACACCCAAUAAUUCACUGACAAAGUACCGAGAAUGUGGUGAAUAUCACAGAGUAACAUGUAGCCUGGUGCAUACUGCAAUGGCCUGGAUAUUCUCCACCACAAAAACUAAUCUGAUUUAAUCAGAAAAACUCAUGUAAUGAAGAACUAUAUACUAGAUAAAUCUUGUUCAUUUAAUUCCCAGCAAAUUUUGCUCUUGACACACAAUUAUUCGAUUUUAAACUUAAAUUAAAGCCGGUCCUUUGCUGCCCCUCCUUCUGGUUACAGCUAAGAUGUGCACUUGGUUAUGUUUUAACUAUUCUGCAGUGGGACAACUGGUCCAGUCAAACUGUUAGACUCUAAUGCCUACUAGUAAUUCAAAUCAGGAUGAAAAGGCAAGUUUUUAUAUAUUAUAAACUAAAGUUCUGCUAAGAAAUAUAUCAAACAAAAUCUUAUUUCCACAAUAUUUAUGGGAUCAAUGCAAGUCAAUGAAUGAUAGAGAACAUAAGUAACUAACUGAAACAUUACAAUAAAGAGGAAAAAAUAUUGAUGAAUCAAACACCAUGAAAUGUUGCAAUAAUCCAAAAAAAUCUCAGCCACUUAUUAAUUAUGAAUGCUUGAACAGUACUUGAUAUAUUGGCCUUUAAAUCUGUCUGCUUUAUUUUUAUUGCACCUUUCAAGCAAAAUACACAAUUGAUAAUUUAUAACAAAAACUUACAUACUAAAAAAAUAAAGAACAAUAUCUAGUAGCAUAAUUCUGAUCUAGCUGAAAUGAUGUCAAAGUUUGAGGAUUUAGACAAGAAAACAAAGUAUUCUAGUAACUAUAUACAGUACAGUAGACACGUGUAUGUUCUGUAUCCUCAAAAUAUAACACAAAUCUCACUAUAGCUAUGAUUCUAAGAUAAUAAAAACAGGACUAUGCCACAAUGUUCAAUCAUGUCAUUGAAUACUAAAAGCCAAGGUCCCUAGCACAGCCUGACUGUCUGAGCACAGACAGUGUUUGAGAGUGGACCAGGAUAUAGGCAAGUAAACAAAAAAAGGUCAAAACCAGAAAAUCAAAAAUACAAAUCUCAAAACCCAAACAAGAGUUACAAAUUGUGGUCAAAAAUUUAAAAUCAAAAGACAAAAACCAGGGACUAUGAAUCCGUGUUAGGAUGGAAUUAUUACUGGAGUACCUCAGUAAUUUUAGUCCCAUCCGAACCACUUAUGUCAGUAACCUGUUACGAAAUGCACGUUCACAUUUCAGUAAACAUUACAAACCCUUCUACCUUCUAUAAAAAGUCCACAAAACAUUACCCCAGCUAAAAAUAGUACAGUGCAAAAAGACAAAUCAGUAAAAUUCAGAACUAAAAUUACAGAGGUCCUCCAGUAAUAAUGACUUUACACCAUCUCCCUGUGUAAAACUAAUCUCCUCUGGAUAGGGCUUUUUGAAAUAGCGAUUUCAAAAUGGGUAUUGAAUCCACAAUUUAGAUCAGGAAGGAACAUCCUGGAUGACCGGUUAUCCUGCCACGUUGUUACCCAAAGGUCAUGACCUCAGAGGACAUGCCCCUAACAACACAUGAAGUGGUCCUAAUGACAAGAACCCAAAGUGGCACUGAUAAUUAAAUACAAAAUCGUGGACAAAAAGGUCCAAAACAUUUUAUAUCACUUAAGUAAAUAGCAUUUCCAAAAAUAAGCGUUAGAUUAAUAUUUGCACUCAAAAACCCUUCAAACAAGUGUCAGAUCUCAGGAAUCAAUGGAGAAAAACAUUAAAAUAGAAAUAAAAAAACAAAACCCUAACUCAUCCUGAUCCAGAUCAACAAAAUAUCUGUUUCAUGUCCAUUUCACUUUAAGAAAUAAGACAUCCAUUUUUUUUGUCAGCAAUAUAAUCAAAUCUGCAAGCCUACUAAAUACCAUAAGAUAUGAUAAAAGGAUAGAAGUGGUAUCUUUACCAAAACAAAGGAAAUUUAUGCCACUGAAGGACAAGGCCAAGUUGCAGCAGCAUAUAUAGUGAAGGCAAAACUGCAAUCAGUAAAGAAGUGUAAUGGGGCUGAAACAAAAGAGCAACCAGAAUAAAACAAUCCAGAUUCAUUACUAAUAAAUCAUAAAGAGACAGUCAACAAAAUCCAAAAUGAAAACAAAUGGCAAAUGUUGUUAUAAAUUCAAAAAACAUAAUAACAAAAUUAAGGGUUUAAAAAAAAAAAGUUAAUCUGUUUGACUGUUUAUUCCAAAAUGAGGAUAUUUGUGAGCAUCUCAGUCGAGUUUGUUAAUUGCGACCAAAAACAACAUGGCUGAAACCCUCGAGAAGCAACACAAAGUUACGGAAUAUGUGAAAAAUGACACAUUAAACAGAAACAUUAUAUAUCACUGGUUAUUUUAUAAAUGCAGUUAAAGCCAUAAAACGGGACACAGAUUGGCCAGCUAGAUUUCUCCAUUUGAUACAUCUCUGUUUAUUACAUCAUGCCCGUGGUAUGCCAGCUAUUACUUCCAAGUCAGGACUUAAAAACUGACAAACACAGAACUCCUCGUCAACCUGGUAUGGAAUGUGCAUGGCCUCCAGAGGUCUUCAUGGACGCCCCUUCUAGGUUAGGUUAAGUGGCUGUUCCAAGCUGGCCUUAUGUAACUUGCCCCAGAGACAGACCGAUACUUCCCGCCUCCAUGACCAUGACUUGGAUUCAACUGGUCUGACAGUGUGACAUCAUCCCAGAAAUGUGACCAGGGUCAGAAGCCCACUAGCCAGCCAGCACCCACCACCUGCCAGUCUUUCAUCAGUUCUCGGACUACUUUGCAUUUCUUGUCUUUGCCAGAAUGAGACGCCUUCUGAUUUGGGAUCAACAAAAUAAAUAAAUAAUGAAAUAAAACAACACACACUUGACUUCAUAAUAAGGUAUUCUGGAUUUUUUUUCAUCCAAAUUGUAUAUAAUAAUGGUGAGAGUAUUAAUUUAUACACUAAAUUAUUCAGUUAUUUUGGAUGUGAAUGAGAUUUCUGUUAUCUUUUUAUAAAUAAGUUAAAUUGUAGUUCUAUUUAAUGUGGUCCAAGUGUCAAAUAAAUAUGCAUGUUUCAUAUGUCA